GAAAAGUGCUGGGUGGGAGGGGCAGAACACUAGAGCAUUAUAAAACCAGUCGUCCCAAGUCUGAGUGAUAACAAUCCUUGGAGCAGCAUUUCUUGCCAGACAGCACUUCAGAGAAUUACCAGAUUGAAACAAUGGAGGACCUUUAUGUGGCAAACACAAUCUUUGCCCUCAAUUUCUUUAAGCAUCUGGUGAAAAUAAACCCCACCCAGAAUCUCUUCUUCUGCCCAUGGAGCAUCUCUUCCACCAUGGCCAUGGUCUACAUGGGCGCCAGGGGAAACACUGCAGACCAGAUGGCAAAGGUGCUUCAGUUUAGCGAAGUUGGAAACCUUAAAGCCAUCACAGAAAAGUUCACCAGCUGUGAGGCCAUGCAGCAGAUCCAGAAGGACAGGUAUCCGGAAGCUAUCUUGCAGGCACAAGCUAGAGAGAGAAUCCCUUCUUCCUUCCUGGCUCUCAACUCUGCACUCAACACAUCCACAGGGGAUUAUUUAUUGGAAAGUGCCAAUAAGCUGUUUGGAGAGAAGACUGCAAGAUUUAAGGAAGAAUACAUUCAACUCUGUGAGAAAUAUUUCUCGACAGAACCCGAAGCAGUCAACUUCCUAGACUCUGCAGAAGAAGCCAGAAAAAAGAUGAAUUCCUGGGUCAAGGCUCAAACCAAAGGCAAAAUCCCUGACCUGCUGCCUGAAGGUUCCGUAAAUGCGGAGACCAUGAUGGUCUUAGUGGAUGCCGUCUACUUCAAAGGAAAGUGGAAAACCCCAUUUGAGAAGAAGCUUAACGGGCUUCAGCCUUUCCGCAUCAACUUGACUGAGCGCAAACUUGUACAGAUGAUGUACUUGCACGAAAAGCUGAACAUCGGAUAUGUAAAAGAUCUAAAGGUUCAGAUUCUAGAACUCCCAUAUGCUGGAGAUGUCAGCAUGUUUCUGUUGCUUCCAGAUGAAGUUGCUGAGGUGUCCACUGGCUUGGAGCUGCUGGAACAUGAAAUAACCUUUGAUAAACUCAAGAAGUGGACCAGCAAAGAUACAAUGGCUGAAGAUGAUGUUGAAGUGUAUUUACCCCUGUUCAAGUUAGAAGAGAAAUAUGAAAUGAAAUCCAUUCUGAGAAGCAUGGGUAUGGAGGAUGCCUUCAGCCGGGGCCAGGCCAAUUUCUCAGGCAUGACGGAGAGGAAUGACCUGUUUCUGUCCCAGGUGUUCCAUCAAGCCUCUGUGGAUGUCAACGAGGAGGGCACUGAAGCCACUGCUGGCACUGGGGCCGUUAUGUCAGGGAGAACAGGUCAUGGAGGCCCACAGUUUGUGGCUGAUCACCCCUUCCUCUUCUUUAUCAUGCACAGAAUAACCAACAGCAUCCUCUUUUGGGGCAGAUGCUCCUCACCCUAAAAUUGAAAACUUCUCUUUCUGCACUGGAUCUUGUAGCAUAAGCCAUAAGCCUCAGAAUUGCUAUCUCAAAUGUCAAAAAUUGAGAGAUUUUACCCUCGGAUUGUUGACUUAUUGAGCAACUUUUGAAGAUUAAAAUUGACCAGUUAUGUAUGUCACACUAAAUGUAAUCACAGAAAUAACAACAGCCAUGUCAGUCAUGACAACCCUAGUAAUCAUUUGAAGUCCCUAAAAUGUAAUGAUGUCCCAUUUAGUUCUUCCUUGCCAUUAGUUUAUUUUAUAACAUUAACUUUCAUUGUGUUAUUUAUUCUUUUAUAUAAUGAUGAGGUUUUAAAAAUUAUUAUUCACUGUUUAUUUAAUGUAACUUAUAAUGUUCCAGAAACAGGUGAUCGGUUAAUUUUCUAUGUAAGGAAAUGCACUCACUUGUUCUUAAUAAUGAUUAAUAAGUGUAUCUCCAUGACAUUUUAUAAGAAAUAUCCAGAAGAAAGCAUUGAACAGCAGGCAAAUAUAUAUUAUAUGCAUUUUUAGCAUUAUGUAGCACAUAGAUGUCCUGUAACAUGUAAAAUUAC